AAAUAUUAUUUAUAAAAAAGUAAUAGCAGACAGAGGAUCGGAGACGGGCGGUAUGUUAGCCAUUCCAGGCCUUCAGGAUGAUGAUAAACACUGACAGUAAAGUGAGUGGCAGCAAGUUGAGUGGCCGUGUGUAUUAGCAGUCAGCGGAACUAUUAACUACAACCCGAGCUAGUUGGGUGAGUGAAUGAGUGAGUGAAAAAUCAUCCCAAACUUGGGACACAUUCACCUAUUCCACCGCCUCUCAUCCGCUGGCAGGAACUGCGUACGUCACUUCCGGUCUAAUCGUUUAUCAUCAAGAUCACUUCCGCCACACAACAAAGACUUUCGGGAAUUUGUGGGCGAGUUGGCGUAGUUUUUUUUUCUUUCUCUCUCUUUCUCUCGGUAUUACAACAUGGACUGGGGCGAGAUAAUAAACUAUUCAGUGUAGUGAGAGACUAAGUGAACUUCCCUUGACUAAUAAAGGCUGGGAAAUAAAGCUUCGGUACCUAAAGUGAUUCAGUUGGUUUGUGGCGAGAUAACCAUUUGUAUUUCUUUAGUAAAACAAUACACGGGGCUCGUCAGCUGGAGGUGGUUCAAGGGCAGGAGGCGAGCGUUAGAGGAGACAACUGGGGUCCUCUUGCAGCCUCUCACGUUUAUAGCAGUACUGGGCCACACCAUCACCACUCCUGGGCCACACCAUCACCACUCCUGGGCCACACCAUCACCACUCCUGGGCCACACCAUCACCACUCCUGGGCCACUUCAUCACCAUUCCUAAUCCACACCGUCACCAUUCCUGGGCCACACCACCACUCCGUGACCUCAAUUUAGUAAACAAGACUUGAUGUGAACCGGCAUCAACCACUGUCUGUCGUCUCGCCUCACAUCUACAGAUACGAAGAUCGAAGAAGGUCAUUGGAAACAGGAUGUAACACCUUCCCUCUUACCCCAACUUAGGUCAUAGGAGGUCAGUGAGAUGAUGACCUCCAGGGUGUGUUACGAUGAUCUAAUGUCACAGUAUCAGGAGACAGGAGGCAACAAAAUGGAGGAAGAGGAGUGUUAUUCACCGUGUCAGGUCACCGAUCUAGGGCACCAAAAGGUCAAGAAACACCAGAGGAGGGGCAAGGGCGGUGACCUAGCAUUACACGGGAGGUCACUGAGGUGUCUGCCUGUGGGGUGGACGUGGGUGUGGGUGUGUGCUGCCUUCUUGGUCACCUCAGCCCAUGCCAAAUACGUGGAAGGCUUCCUUAAGACAUCAGAGAAGUGGGCGUUCCUGACGAGGUUCUGCUUCCUCUCUGACGACGGGACCUUCAACUUUAAUGUGGAGUACAAUGCUGAGUAUGCUGUGGAGAAGCUGCUGCUAUACUACGACAGUCCAAAACAGUGGCCAGCUGUGUAUAAGUCCUUCAAGACAUGUGAGGAGAAGGAAGCAGUAAUGAGACAGAAGAAUCAGUUCAUCAACCUGACACUGUACUCCAUGCACGCCCUGUGUGAGGUGAUCACGGUGUCCGAUAAGAAGUCCUUCCACUGUCAGGGCACCCGGACCUUCCUCAGCUCCAGGGAGAGGUGGUGGUUUAUAGCCGUCAGCAACUGUGAGAGUACCAAGGGGCUGGAGUUGUCUUACCGCCUCACCAUGACAAACGGUUACUCCUUCUGGGAUAAACAUUUCUCCGCUGAUGAGUUUUAUAUCCUACGGACGGACCUUACGGCUCUUAUCCUACAACUGGGGAUCCUCUUCCUCUCACUCCUUGCCUCAGCUGAACUCAAAAGCCGUCAGCUGUUCCACACAACGUACCGCUUAUACAUGGUGGCCAUAAUGGCACAAAUAUUCGGUCUGGUCUUCCUAAGUCUCCACUACGCUAGAUAUGGUUUUGAUGGCGUCGGUCUGCCCUUCAGUAAACUUCUAGGUCGUCUACUACACACACUGAGUACGGUGAUGAUGGUGUUAGUGUUGCUGCUGAUGGGUAAAGGCUUUAACAUCACUAGGGGUCGGCUGCGUCAGAACUCUGCCGUGCGCCUCACCACCUUCAUGUGUCUCUACUGUGCCACCUAUGUCGCUCUCUUCAUCUACGAGCAGCGGAUCUUUGACCCGGGGGAGGUGUUAUACUUAUAUGAGUCACCCGCUGGCUAUGGUCUGCUAGUGUUACGGUUGCUGGCCUGGUUCAUGUUCCUGUAUGCCUGCUUCUUCACCAUAAAGCACUACCCAGAAAAGGCUGCCUUCUACUACCCCUUCUUCAUCUUCUACACCCUCUGGUUCUUGUCAGGGCCAGUGGUGAUAAUAAUCAGUAACCACGUGAUCGACAAGUGGGUGAGGGAGAAGGUGGUGAAUGGUGUCGACCUGGGGAUAACUCUCCUGGGCCACGGGUUCUUCCUGUUCCUGACGCGGCCGAGUGCAGCCAACAGCAACUUCCCAUAUCAUGUUCGGACGACCCAGAUCAUGGCACUCGAGGCCUCCACAACAGGAGUCGUCGGGAACAACACUAUCGACGCCUUCUCUUCCAAUCCUUACGCCCCUGACCUACAGCAGCCCAAGAACUUCACCAACUCGGAUCUGUUCCAUGUGUCUGGGACUGUUGAGAUGAUGCCAGAUGACCUCGCCAUGAGACCUCUGCCAGGACCCAGAAGCAUUGUGAAGGACGACAAAAGUUUCCCUCAUCACUCGCCAAGUGAGCCACCAGCUGUGUUUCAAGGAAACCUUUCCACUUGACUACUCUCACUGACACACCUCCAACAUUACUCAAGAUAUUUUCAUAUUGUGUAUACCUGUAUGUACAGUACUGUAUACUGUACUGUACUUCCAUUACUGUUGUCUGCCAGACCAUGGUGGCUUCCAUCAUGUCUCCCUGCACAAUGUGUGUCUAUAAACCAUUAAUAUAAGACAAAAUGCACAACACAAACAGAAACUAGUUAGAAAUUGUUCCAAUAUCACCUGAGAUGUGUUUUGAGAGAAGGAAUAACUGCACUAUAUAGUGAUAAGUGUACAGUACAGUAGUUAUAUUUAUUAGUGUUCUGGAGGCCAUGAUAAAGUUGAGUCAUAAGAAACCAUAUGAUUCACAUUGUACAGUAUAUGGAAUAAGCACACAGUUCUUUUGGUUAUAAAUGUACAUAUAUAAUUGUUAAAAGUAAUGUAAUUUGUUAUGUACAGUAGGUAUUUAGUUUACAUUGUGGCAUGAUGGGUAGUGUUCCAGACCUGGAUGAAGUUGAAGGGAUAAUGUACUGAGAAGAUGGAGGACUGGAAGGGAAGAGUCAGACCAGUAGUACAGUAUUUAGAUACACAUUGUCACUAGAAGCUCUCCACAUAAAAGGUUGUGUAGUGAUGAAAAAAAAACAGAGAUGGAUGGUGAAACAAGUACAGUAAAAAGUGUGAAUGGAAGUGAUUAGUUGAAGAUGAAAUUAAAACCCUGUUUGAUGUAAUCUGUGAAAAUUAACACAAUCCUGCAGUUUAAUGAGACACUUACAAUAUGAAAAUAACAAUGAGCACUGGUUGGGGACCACCAUUUUGUUUCAUAGAUAAAAGAUUAAUGUAGUUCAUGUGAAUAUUGGUAUAAUUUUCUGAUGCACGGUGUUAAGACAAUCAAUCAAUUUAAUCUUGAAAAGUAUCUCCUCUUAUACUGUCAAAAGUAAUGAGGAAAUGAAAAGUAGAUUACCUAGGUGUGAUUUAACCCUUUGAGGACAGUCUUAACCCUUUGAGGACAGUCUUAACCCUUUGAGGACAGUCUUAACCCUUUGAGGACAGUCUUAACCCAUUCAGUAAGUAAAUAUCCACUGAGUAAAGUGACUUAGACCCUGAAUACAAUGUUACUGUAUCACACUCAAGGAAUGGGUUUUUGUGCUGAAAGGUUGUAGAUAUCUUACCCAAGGGAUUAAUUAUUGUAUUUAAAAGGUUAAGGUAAUUUCUGAACUGGGCUAAUUAUUUGUACUCAAGUUGGCAUCAUACUGAAGAAGUGAAUUACAGUGAUAUACUACAAACACUAGUACAAGUUAUUAUGUAGUACAGUCAUGGUAGUUUAACUUUUGUAAUGUAAUGGAAAUUUACACAUUCAUGCAAACAGAAUAGAUCUUGAGAAAAUUAUGUACAAAUGUCAUUACUUUUAAGUCACACACGUGCACAUACCUGGUAGUAUUGUUUGUAUCCAGGCCACAGAAAGGAGGAAGGGUAUUUUAGUUUGUAUGUAGCGUGUGGUGAGGCCUUCUGUGCCUUAUUAUUUUUCUUUGUGCUGAAGUUCAUUAUUGAAUAAAGCCUUUUAGAAGAGGCCUAUCUCUCCUUAUCCACCCUGAAGCACUUCUUGGUGUAUGUGGGUACAUGUGUGGAUGUGUGUGGGUCUGUGUGUGUCACUACUCCACAGACAUAUUGAUCACUAUCAUUCAUAAGCACUUCCUCUGUACAGACAGUAACAGGGGCUGCCUGGCUUCCUUGAUUAGUGGUCGAGUGACUUAGACCAUUAUAUGGGACCAGAUUAUAGAUUUAGGUCAUGAGGCAAGGAUCAGCAUAGUGUAGUGUGGAGGUAUAGGUAUAAACAAUCUCAUAGGAAUAUAUUGCAUUUACAAUUAUGCUCAGUUUGUAAGAUUUAAGUCGAGAAAUAUGUUCAAACUGUUUUUUCAGCUAUAGGUGGGAAUAAGACUUUAUAUAUCAAGUAUGAAUGAUAUGUUUGAGUGCAGUUUGGUUACUUCAUACACUGGAAUAAGCACGAAGGUUGUAACUGAGUGCAUGUCCAAUGGCGUGCAGUUUGGUUACUUCAUACACUGGAAUAAGCACGAAGGUUGUAACUGAGUGCAUGUCCAACUGCUAUACAGUAUGUGCUGCAGAAUAUUAUGACACUGAAUCUUGGUUUAUUUUCAAUUAAUAUAAUUUACUUUUACUCGUGUAAACAGACCAGGAGGUGACACUAUAGUAGAUACCGGGUAUAUAUUUUGCCAAAUACAUUGUGAAUUUGUAUCAUAUUUAUAAAUGUUUCUGUACAUAAAUAGCCAGACCAUAAAAAAAUCACUGUACCUUAUAUAUUAAUCGCUAUAAGGCUCUAUAAGUACUACUGUUUAUGACUAUUAAGGGGUUAUAUCAUGUGUUCAAACUUGGCAUGAUAGGUAUUUCAGGACCUGUGUGUGUAGAGAGAUGAUAGCUACAUGUAUUGUCUCUAUGGGCCUAAAAAUUAACAUAAUGUCAACUUAAAUCAUGUUCAAAAUCUGAGAUGUUUUGAGGAGAUUAACUGUAUUGUAUCUUUCCAUCAGAAAAUUGAGUCUGUAGUAAAGUAUAUAAACUAUUGGUUAAUAUAGUUCCUGGUUGUGUACAUCUCAGAGUAUUAAGAGAGUUGUGGAUCAAACUCUCACAAGACCAUAAUAUCCUGUUUGGCAGAAGUAUGGAAGAACAAAAGAUCCCUAAUGACUGGAAAUUAACAUAAAUGAGUUCCUAUAUUAGAAAGUGCGGUAAAUAUUUGUCCAUUGGCUGUCCUCAGGUUUUGGUAUGAGAAUUUUUUGGGU